CACACUUCUAAUAACACGAUGUCUAUGGACAUCACGUUUCUGGGGACAGGAUCUGCGUACCCGUCUCCUCACCGGGGCGCUUCCGCUCUAGUUUUGCGUACUGAAGGAGAAUGCUGGUUGUUUGACUGCGGCGAAGGCACGCAGACUCAGUUAAUGAGGAGCCCUCUAAAGGCCAGUAAAAUAACCAAAGUUUUCAUUUCACAUCUCCAUGGUGACCACCUCUUCGGCCUCCCAGGGUUAUUGUGCACUGUGAGUCUUAACUGUAACCCUCAGGCCAGUCAGCCUCCAGCCUGUGUGGAUAUCUAUGGGCCACAGGGCCUGCGGCGUUUCCUUCGUGUGGCUUUAGUCCUGUCCAGCUCUCAGCUCCUGUUUCCUUAUGCCGUACAUGAGUUAGUGCCGUGUGGAGGGCAGAGUCCAGCUGAGGGGCAGCUAGACCCCAGAGUGACUGACAGCAGUGACCAGCUCCACCCUCAGGAGCAGCCAGGCCAGACUAUACACCUGGACACUGACAGUGACUGCUACACUCUGUUUGAGGACAAACAGUUUACGGUGAAAGCGUUACGGUUAUUCCACCGAAUACCAUCAUUUGGCUUUUGUGUUCAAGAGAGAGAUCGCCCUGGACGGCUAAAUGUUGAACAACUGAAGAAACUAGGUUUGAAACCAGGACCUCUGUAUGGGCGUCUGAAAAAUGGUGAAUCUGUAACACUCGACAGUGGGCAGGUGGUUUCUCCUGGUGAUGUGGUGGAACCAGCCAUACCAGGGAGGAAAGUGUGCAUUUUGGGAGACUGUAGUUCAUUAGUGGGCGAGGGGCCGGCCAAGGUGUGCCAGGGGGCAGACGUGUUGGUGCAUGAGGCCACCCUGGCAGAGGGGCACAGGGAACGGGCACUGGAACAUGGCCACAGCACGCCCCACAUGGCAGCCGCGGUGGCCCGGGCCUGCCGGACCCGAGUACUUGUACUGAACCACUUCAGUCAGAGGUACAAACCACUGAUCUCACAGAAAGACAGUGAGGAAGAUGAUGGUGGUGAGGCUGAUGUGAGAGAGCUGAAGAGGCAGGCUGAGGAGGCCCUGUCGGGCACAGGCACACUGGUCGUCCUGGCAGAGGAUUUCCUCACACUGCCUGUACCUCUUAAAAGACCCUAG